UAUAUGUAAUACUGCAUUCAGACCCCUCUCUCUAGUCAAUCUCUCUCUCUACGGGAGUAUCGACUUUCAGCAGAGUGCGGACUGCAGCUGCUCCGCUCUCCUGAUUCACUUCAAGUUUCCUCUCCCCUCAGGAAACAAGCUUCUCUACAGAAGCCGUCAGCAUCUCGCCGCAGCACGCAAGGAAAGCACCACUCCUCAUCCCCCGCCCCUGUGGAGGAGCAUCACAGUUGGCAGCCCUUCCUCCUCCUGCUGCACGGGAGCAUCGAGUCGCUGCUUCUCAUCCUUCCAUCCUCAUAAUACUGUUCCUCGCGAUGAGGGAGAUAGUGACUGUUCAAGUUGGUGGGUUUGCAAACUUCAUUGGCUCUCAUUUCUGGAACUUCCAGGAUGAGUUACUUGGGCUGGGUGCGGAUCAUGGUAGUGAUACAGUAUUCAGGAACCAUCAUCAAUUUUUGAACAUGGAUGUGCUCUACCGUAAUGGUGAAACACAACAGGGUGUUCUUACUUAUACUCCUCGCUUGGUUUCCAUAAACAGUCAAGGGUCCCUUGGAUCUAUGAGUUCACAUGGUACACUGUAUAAUGAGGGUUCAUCAACGCCAUUAGAAGUUACCACAUGGACAGGCAGCAUUUCCACUUGUGCGUCUGAACCUCAUAAGAAGAAUCUGUUCUUGCAAAGUUUGUAUGAAGAAGGUUUAGAAGACUUGAAGCUCGCGAGCAGCAACGAAAGAGACACUGAAAGAGGAAUUCAGGAUAAGGACAUAGUUGAAAGUUUAGAAAGUAGUGUCCAGUUUUGGACAGACUUCUCAAAAGUGCACUAUCAUCCGCAGAGUUUAUAUGAAUUAUGUGGAUUAUGGAUGGACACAGAGGAAUUUGACAAUUAUGGAGCUGGAAGAGAGAUCUAUUCUGGGGGUUUACGAGGGGAAGAAAUAAGUGAAAGGCUUCGUUUUUUUGUAGAAGAGUGUGACCGUAUUCAGGGUUUUCAAUUUAUUGUUGAUGAUUCAGGAGGCUUCUCGGCUCUGGCUUCUGACCUUUUGGAGAGUAUUGCAGAUGAGUACACUAAUACACCAAUUUUGCUCUAUUGUGUGAGAGCUCCUAGUUCUCACAUGAACCCAAUAAGCCGGAAGCAAGCAAUUGCCAGGAAUAUUCAUGAUGCAAUUUCAUUCUCAAAACUAUCAUCUUUCUGUGAAUUGAUUGUGCCAAUUGGUUUACCGUCUCUAAGCCGAAGUAAAGCUUCCACAUACCUGUGCGUUGAAGAUAAGAAGCCUUAUCACAGUAGUGCAGUUUAUGCUGCUGCUUUACACUCCAUUAGUCUCCCCUUCCGCAUGGAACCACUUGGACCCACUGCAGACUCUUGUUAUGUUUCUGGUGCUGUUGAUGUUUAUGAGCUCGUACAGAUGUUAACAGGGCAUGAUAGGCGGAAUAUGGUGACUAUUCUUGAUGCUGCAAUGCCUGUGCCUCCUUUAUCCGGGAAACAAUUCGAGCAAUCCUUGUUAAGGAAUUUGCAGCCAUUGACACCAGAAACAGCAGAUAGGGAAGAUCUUCAGGCAGUGGAAUCCAUGAUUGUUCAUGGAGCCCUUGGUUCAGAAGGUUCGCAGCCUUCAGUCUCUGAAGUGACAGAUACAGUUAAUGGGGCUUAUGAACAUUCAUCGACACGGCCAAAGUUCUGCCAUCUAUCGGUUGCUCUAUGCCCCCUUCCCAUACCGUUGCCAUUUCCUUCAAUAUUUGGGAAUCUGGUUGGCCAGCGUGGUGAGCUCUUGAGCAGCCCAAUCCCAGGUUCCUCAUCAAGGGGUUCACUUGAUGUCCAUUCCAUACCUAUGGCAGCUAGACUCCGUUCGAGCAAUGCUAUCUUGCCAUUUUUGGAGAACAGAUUGUUAAAUCUUCGUAGAUAUGGAAUAGAUCGAGGAGCACCCGCGACCGAGUUACUUAGAAGCUGGGGCUUCGCAAGGGAUGAAUUAGAAGACAUGGAAGAAACACUGUGUAAAAUGGUCGCAACUCUCGAUGAUCGUUAUCAGCUUUCAUCAGACUCGGAUUAAGUCACUCAUCAUCCUUUUCCUCGGUGGAGAAUGCUAACUGUUACACAAUCUUUUUUCCCUCGAGGACAACUAUUUGUAUUGUAUUCUGGCUGCAGAUGAAAGGGGGAAAAUGAAUUGCGUUGGCUUGGACGCCAUCCACCAGUAUCCUGUUGUUGUGUCUCUAUGCAUGUUAUUUAUAGCAGAGCAAAAGGACAUGCUGUCGACUCAAAAUUUUCACAAGGAGAACGUCUUGACUGUGUUUUAGACUUAUUCUAGUUAAAUUUGGUGAAGGAAACUAUGUAGUUCUU